AGCAAGCUCCCGAUUUCAACUCAAACCACCAGCACUCGUCCCGGUUGAACGACCAACACAACCACCCCCAAACUCCACUCACUCAAUCAAGAUGCUCGCCCGCGCGACCCUCCGCACCUCCGGCGCCGCCAGCGCCGCGGCCAACCAGCUCGUGGCCCGCCGCGCCUUCACGACGACGCGCGCCCGCCUCUCGUCGCCCUACCACUACCCCGAGGGCCCGCUAUCCAACCUGCCGUUCAACCCGCGCAAGAAGGGAUUCGCGUUCUGGUACUGGACCUUCAUGGCCACCGGGUUCGGGCUGCCCUUUGGCAUUGCCGUCUGGCAGACCUACCACCCCGCCAAGUAAACCAACCGCCUUGAGACGGGUGUUUCGAUUAGGAGGGCUAUGGGGUGUUGGGUGAUGCUCUGUGGCAGAGGGCGGCUACGUCUGUACAUCAUACGGGCUCGAUAGAGUAGACAUCAAAAGACAAAUAUUUCCUUGAGUUGCUACGGUACAUCCAGCACGUUGGGUCGACCAUAUGUCUUGGAGGAGGAGAGAAUGUUGGUGAUGUAGCAGGAGUGGUAACUCGACUUUGUACAGAGCAUUCGUUAAUCACCUGAGCCUUCAAAGAUUUGCCAUUGUGUGGAGGAGAAUUUACCAAGGCCCCGGGACUCCUAAAACCAAGGUCUGGCUGUUGGGCUCUUGAG